AUGUUGAGGCUCAGAGAAGCGGAUCAAUCGCUCAGUCUCAACAUGAAAUUUAUUCUUCUUGCCGUGUUUGCCUGCGUGGCUGUCGCUGCCCCCCAGGGAUAUGACCCUCCUGCACCCUCUCGCUAUGACUCCGAGGAAGUGCCCAUCUUGAGGGACGACCGCGUGAUCGAGGACGACGGAAGGUACAACUUCGACGUAGAAACAGGAGACGGCAUCGUGGUGUCAGAGUCUGGAUCUCCCAGCGCAGACGGAGGCAUCAACAGUGCUGGUUCAUACUCCUACACCGCUCCUGACGGCACUCCCGUCCACGUGGAGUUCGUGGCUGACGAGAAAGGCUUCCAGCCUCAGGGCACCCAUCUGCCAGUGGCCCCCGAGUUCCCCCACCCAAUCCCCGACUUCGUCCUUGAGCAGAUCGCCUUCGCCGCUGAGGAGGACGCCCGCAGGGCCAAGGAACCCUCCAGUAGAUACGGUGCUCCUUAGGCAGACCAUGUGAUGUAGUGUAGAGAGUACAAUGAAAUUCUGUUAAAGAUUUGUAUGCUCUUCUUAUUCAUAAUUACUAAGAAUAAAAGGUACAGUGAGA